GCUGCUCAGCUGGGGCCUGAGGUGUGCUGGGGUGAGAGUUUCCUAGAUACUGGUGUGGUUGGAGAACAGCCUGCAGAUCCGCCAGCUGAUUGAGGGUGACGGAGUUGACUGAAAAUGGUGUUUGGGCUCUGCUGCCCGAGAGAGAGGUAUGGUUUCCGUGCGUCCUGAUGCCACACAACAAAUGACCAGGCAGGGGACACCCCCUACCCAAACAUACAUACACACUUUGACUCAAGAGAAAGGAAAAGAUGCCCUGUAUGCCCUGACCCUGCCCUGCACGUCCCUGCACCUGGUCCAGAUCUUCAUUUUUGCAGGAGUGGCAUACUGCUAUUUUCUGGCCUCUGUGGAGGAAACCUCCCCUCCCCAUGAGACUGCUGGGGACUUGUCAGAGACCACGGGGGAGAGCUUAAGGCCAGUGUGGGGGCCAGUGGGUAAGUGCUACCCUGUGGCAACUCAGCGUCGCAGGAUCAGGACUGGGACGACACAAGCCUCUGAGGCCAUGACCCCUGGAGCAAUGGGGGGACUGAAUAGUGCUGCCCUGAAGGAGGAGACCACCGUCUUGCCCCAGGAUGAUGGGGAGGGGCCAUCCCUGGGGCAGGAAGCAGAGGGCGCCCCUCCUGCUGGGAAGGCAAUGGCUGCCAAGAAGAAGGUGGCGGGGAGCCCAGGCUGGAAGGCUAUGAAGACAAGAACGUCAACCAGAACAUCCCCAGUUCAGGGAAGCAAAAAGGGCCAAAGAGAGAUUGCUGUGUACUCCCCAGACACCUCAGAGGAGGAGGAACACAGAGAGGACAAGACCAGAGGCUUGGCCUACCAGAUCCUGAGGAAGCUCUGGCCAGGCUGGCUUCCUGACUCAGACAUUCUCAAGACUCAGGACCACGAGUGACAUUGGAGUGACGAUGGAUCCAAUAAACUCACCAGAUGCUGCU